AUGACCAAAAAGAUGAGGAGGGUAGGGAAGUACGAGCUUGGCCGUACCAUAGGUGAAGGCACCUUUGCUAAGGUUAAGUUUGCGAGGAAUACAGACACUGGAGAGUAUGUUGCUAUGAAAAUUAUGGCUAAGAGUACAAUACUUAAGCACAGAAUGGUUGAUCAGAUAAAAAGAGAGAUAUCCAUAAUGAAGAUUGUCCGACACCCAAACAUAGUGAGGUUGUAUGAGGUCUUGGCAAGUCGUUCAAAAAUAUAUAUAGUUUUGGAGUUUGUGACAGGAGGAGAGCUCUUUGAUAGAAUUGUUCAUAAGGGAAGACUUGAAGAAAGUGAGUCACGCAAAUACUUUCAACAGCUUGUAGAUGCGGUUGCUCAUUGUCACUCCAAAGGUGUUUACCACCGUGAUCUAAAACCAGAAAAUCUUUUACUCGAUACUAAUGGAAAUCUGAAGGUUUCGGAUUUCGGGCUCAGUGCAUUGCCUCAACAAGGAGUAGAGCUUUUGCACACCACAUGUGGAACGCCAAACUAUGUAGCUCCUGAGGUACUUAGUGGACAGGGUUACGAUGGUGCAGCAGCAGAUAUUUGGUCUUGCGGGGUUAUUCUUUUCGUUAUCAUGGCUGGAUUUUUACCCUUUUCUGAGACAGAUCUUCCAGGUUUGUAUAGAAAAAUAAAUGCAGCAGAAUUUUCUUGUCCGUCGUGGUUUUCUGCAGAAGUGAAGUCUUUAAUACAUGGGAUACUUGACCCCAAUCCCAAAACACGUACUCAAAUUCGAGAAAUUGGGAAAGACCGUUGGUUCAGAGUAAAUUAUAUGCCUAACCUAGCAAGGGAAGAGGAAGAAGUUAAUUUGGAUGAUGUUCGUGCAGUUUUUGAUGGAUUUGAGGGCAAUUAUGUAACAGAGAAUGUAGAGAGAAAGGAUGGGGGCCCUCUGAUGAUGAAUGCCUUUGAGAUGAUAACCUUAUCACAAGGCUUAAAUUUAUCAGCACUAUUUGACAGGCGACAGGAUUUUGUUAAGAGGCAAACCCGUUUUGUUUCUCGAGAGGCGCCUGGUGUGAUAAUUGCUAAUAUUGAGGCUGUUGCGAACUCAAUGGGUCUUAAGGCUCAUACGCGCAACUUCAAGACAAGGCUCGAGGGAUCUUCAAUGAAGGCCGGGCAAUUUGCUGUUGUGAUAGAGAUUUACGAGGUGGCACCAUCGCUUUUCAUGGUAGACGUUAGAAAGGCUGCUGGUGAAACUCUUGAAUAUCACAAGUUCUACAAGAAGUUAUGUGCAAAACUGGAAAAUAUAAUUUGGAGAGCAACGGAAGGAAUGCCGAAGUCAGAGCUUCUCAGAACAAUGACGUUCUGA